CCAAACCAAUGAUGGAGAGCCCGACGUAAUGGGCGAGCCGGUCGUGACAGAGCCGCAGGAGGCACUGAAGACGGGAACCUCGAGCGGUCGACGAGAAGCGACGAGACAACGCUCCCCCGAGUAUGAGCGGAGGGAGACCAUGGCGGAUAGGCCCAGAGACGACUGGCGAGAGAGUUCGAGGAAUUCCUAUUGGAGGGACAGAGACAGGGUGCCGCCCAGGCGAGUCUUCGACCCCCAGACAACGGAGUCGCAUCCGGUCCCUUACGAGAGCAAGGAUCGCUAUAUUAUUACGCACAAGGCCUCUGAGCCACCUACCCUUAGGGGUUAUGGCAUCACAGAAUAUCUAGAGAAGUGGGAGCUUCAUACAAGUCGGAGUCAGUGGUCAGAGGAAGAGAUUAUAGAAAACUUCCUAUUUAAUGUGGACCCAAGUCUCGGUAGGGAAGUUAAGGAAGCUCGACCGAAGGAUGGGAAAUGGACUACGUACAAAAAGAACCUCGUUGAGCUUUACAAAUUGGAGGAUAACAAGUACUCCAUCAAGGACCUGGAGACGAUGACUCAAGAUGAAGAUGAGAGCGUACGGACAUUUGGGAUGCGUUUCCAGAAGAUCUCCGACGUGUCGAUGAAGAAGGGGAAGAUCUCAGAGGUCGAGCGUUGUACUAUCUUCAUCGGACACCUAUCCAAAGGUAGACAAAAGAGUAUACUUAGAGAUUUUUCGCGCGACAAGCUUGACUUCCCAGAAGUCCUAAAGCUCGCGAUAAAGGCAGAGGCAGAUGAUUACAAGGACUUGGUGUGGAGAGGGAUGAGGAGGCGUGACUUCUCCCUCUACAAGGAGUAUGCCACCGAUAGAUGUCCUGAUUUCAAGGACCAUCCCUGGUCGGAGAAGAAUGAAGCCGUAGCAGAAGAAGUGAAGGAGAUAAGGGACAUGGUAAAGGGGUUGACCAGACAGGUUACAGAAAUUGUAACCACCACAGGAGCCACGGCAUACCGGGACAAGCCCGGAGGGCCCUAUUCACUUCGCUGGGACCGGAGGAACACUGAUUCCUGGAGGAGUGUCGAGGAUAGAAAUCCUCGAACACUGACUGAUUAUAGUAUGAGGGAAAGGGAGAGAGACGAUGAGCCAUGGCGACGUAGGGAUGAUGAGAUAGACCGGGACCAUAGGACUCGCGAGAUGUAUGGGCGUGCUAGGAGACUGGAUGAUUACUCGCGUAGCCCUCGCUAUGAGCCUGACGGGGGUAGAAGUGACUCUCGAGGCCGAUGGGAGUCGGAUCAGGGCCGGCGAGAUGGAUACAGGGAUGGUAGUUAUGAGAUAUCGGACCGCGAUGGACAUGUAUCGAUGUUCCCCUCGAUGAAGGAGAAUGUCGAAGCAAGGAGAGUAAAGCCGAGUAAAGGAAAGGAGCCGGUUAGGAGCCAGGGCAUCAAGAUAACUUUUGAAGGGGACAUGGCGACCACACCCAUAAGGGUGGCAGCUACCAAGUCCGCGAGAGGGUCUACAUCGAAGAAGACCGACACGGAUUACGUGAUGGCGGAGAAGGACGGCAGACAGCGGAUCGAUGGAGAGGAGGUUAUUCUUUCGCCGCGAAAGCGGGGAGUAAAUAAGUUCUUGAUGAAGAGUUCGUUGGAUGAGAUUGACACGGUCGAGCCACUGAGACGGGCUCUUCGGCAGCCCAUGCAAUGCUCUAUUCUGGAGUACCUGGCGGCAUUGAAGCCGGCUCGCGAUGAGUUACAGAUGAUCACGCGGAAGACUCGCGUACCUCUACCAGAGGAGGCUCAGGGGGCUCCUAAGGCGGAAGCUCCUACCGUAGCAGUAACAGGGGUGACUGCCAGAGCGGAUCGCAUGGCGACAGUCCUUCUUGAUGGGAUAGAAGGUGUACCUCCAGACAAGUUUUACAUACUUGGUAGUGGGGCCAUGGAGACGAUCAUGAACGAUGGAGCGGUACUAGAUGCUGUGAUCGAUAACGGCAAUGAGGCUGUCAUUAUAGACGAUGAUCUGGCAGUACAGGUUGGACUGGACCUCGAUAGGUCAUACCUAUUCGAAAUAGAGACCGCUGAUGGGAGAAAGCAACAGAUCACUGGGUUUGUCACAAGGCAGCCAUAGAGGUCCAAGGGGUACGAGUGACCCUGCCUGUCUUUGGAGUCAAGAACUGCAACUCCG